AUGGCCCCCGCAUCCCGACUGCCCGCUGCUCUUCAAGCCACCGAGGAGGACAUUAGUCUUCUCUUGACCGCUCAGGCCCACAUUGGGUCAGUUCUUUGAACUUGCAUCGUCGUCGGUAUCGACCCUGCCGCUGACCGUGCUUCCGGGCUUGCUAUCUCCCGUUCCUCUGCUGCAUAGUGCCAAGAGCGUCGAGAAGAAGAUGGUCCCUUACGUCUUCAAGCGACGAGCCGACGGUAUCAACAUUAUCAACCUCGGCAAGACUUGGGAGAAGCUCGUCUUUGCUGCCCGAAGUCAGUGGGCUCUCUUGGCCCACGUGGUCCGCUCGUGGCUCGAGGUGCACGAACCUGACUUCGUGACUUCCCACUCUCCUCAGUUAUCGCUGCCAUCGAGAAUCCCAACGAUAUCUGCGUCAUCUCGGCUCGCCCUUACGGCCACCGCGCCGUGCUCAAGUUCGCCGCCAACACCGGCGCGCAAGCCAUCGCGGGUCGCUUCACGCCCGGUAACUUGUGAGUUGACCUCACGAAGGCCUUGCAAGGUGCUGGUCUUCAAGAUAUUGAGAGUCUAUUUGUGUGCAGCACCAACUACAUCACCCGUUCGUUCAAGGAACCCCGCUUGAUCAUCGUCACCGACCCCCGCGUCGACCAUCAAGCGAUCCGAGAGGCGUCCUACGUCAACAUCCCCGUCAUCGCCCUCUGCGACACCGACUCCCCCCUCUCCUUCGUCGACGUCGCCAUCCCGGCCAACAACAAGUCCAAGAACUCGAUCGGUCUCAUCUGGUGGAUGCUCGCCCGUGAGGUUCUCCGCCUCCGAGGCACCAUCUCGCGCGCUCCUGGCGCGUGGCCCGUCAUGGUUGAUUUGUUCCUGGUCAGUUCACGGUAGGCUCUUUCAUCGACCAUUGCCCAGCGGCUUAUUCGACCUCUCUCAAUCUUUACAGUACCGUGACCCCGAUGAAGUCGAGCGAGACCAGGAGGCGACCAAGGCCGAGGCCCUCGAGGCGACUGAAACCGCUGCUCCCGCCGAAGCCGAAUGGGGCGUCGAGGGAGUCAGUUCAGGAGUGGCCGCCGCUGCCAAUCUUCCUUCGACCGAUGCCGGUUCGUACUCGAUGAGAGAUCAUGUCCCCUUUUCCGUUCCGCCUGCCCUACUUCCGAGAUGUGAACUAACCUGCGUCGGGACCCAAACAAUUGGCCCGCAACAGAUAAUUGGGGUGCCGACACCACAACCGACUGGGCCGCCGAGCCCGCUGCUCCUGCUGCCGCCACUGCCGAUGCUACCGCUUCUGGGUGGUAGACGACUUCGACGAGGACGGCGAUGGCAAACUCGCCCUUGUUGGGUCCGAGCUUUGACCCGUCCGACGAAAAAUGCUGUGAUAGCUCCGUUUGUUCGUGGUAGCUGUAA